AUGCACUCUUCUUGCUACAAUAAUGUUCAAGAGUGUACCCUUGGCAAUAAGGCAUAUUUUACUGCCAUACUCCAGAAAACAAAAAAUGCUGCCAACGUAGGAGACUGGGGAGAUAGCUCAUCAGUCGUUGGCCUUAGUUCCACCAAAUACUUACAAGCCAGCUGCCAAGGCACUGUAGGACAGUCAGUGUGCUGGGAACAAACUCCUCCUAUUCACACUUCUGAUGGAGGUGGGCCUCAAGAUAUCAUAAGAGAACUCACUGUCCAGAACCAAAUAGAACAGCUCAUUGAAAAUCAAUUCCCUAAACUCACCCAUCACCCUCUGGCUCUUCCCAAGUCGCGAGGAAUAGAUCUAGAUACCCAAACGACAGACAUUUUGACAGCCACCCAUCGGGCACUAAAUAUUUCCAACCCUACACUAGCCCAAGAUUGCUGGUUAUGCUUAAGCCAAGGCCCCCCCAUGCCUCUAGCUGUCCCCACCAACAUAUCAGCCCUGAAUAUCACCGAACAAAAUUGCACCCUCAGCAUACCCUUUAGAGUUCAGCCUAUGCUUUUUUACUCCUCCCCCUGCAUCUAUAAGAAAUUACAAAAUAAUUCUUUUGAUAUUUCUGUUGGUUUCGCUAGCUUUACCAAUUGUAGCCACACGCUUAAUUACAGCACAUCCCUCUGCCCUGGUCCAGGACGAGCAUUCGUUUGUGGUAAUAAUCUAGCUUUCACCGCCCUGCCCGCCAAUUGGACAGGGCUAUGUGCCCUAGCUGCCUUACUACCUGACAUAGACAUUAUCCCAGGGGAUGAACCCGUCCCCGUUCCUGCUUUUGACCACUUCGCAGGACGACACAAAAGAGCCUUAGCUAUUAUUCCCCUGCUUGUUGGUCUAGGAGUUUCUGGAGCGGUAGCUACCGGAACUGCAGGAUUAGGAGUUGCAGUUCACUCCUAUACAAAACUUUCCAAACAACUUGUCGAUGAUGUCCAAGCCUUAUCCAGUACUAUUACUGACAUUCAAGACCAACUAGACUCCCUAGCGGAGGUAGUCCUCCAGAAUAGACGAGGCCUAGACUUACUCACAGCAGAGCAGGGAGGCAUUUGUUUAGCUUUACAGGAACGAUGCUGCUUUUAUGCCAACAAGUCAGGCAUCGUCCGGGACAAGAUCAAAACCCUUCAAGAAGAUCUGGAAAGACGACGAAAAGCUCUGACUGAGAGCCCUUUCCUUACAGCCUUCAACGGACUACUCCCCUUUCUUCUCCCUCUCCUCGGGCCUUUAAUAGCUAUCAUUCUCUUCCUGACCUUUGCUCCCUGGGUUCUCAGGCGCACCACAAACCUCAUCCGAGACCAACUUAACUCCCUUCUUGGCAAAUCUAUCCAGAUACAUUAUCAUCAGCUAGAAAUGAAUGAACCUGGCACUGACUCGCAGCGUUUUCUCCAAGAAUGUCCUCGCGCAUAA